CAGUAGCGGCUCCAGGAUGGUGAGCGCCGCUGCCCCCCAGCCCCGGCCUGUCGCCCCCGGCCCGCGCCCCAGCCCCGGGGCCGGACGCCCCCCUAGGCCGCGCACACUCACCUAGGACCCGGCCGGGAUGCCGAGCUCUGUCGAAGAUGCACUGGACACCGGAACACGCCCAGCCCCUCAACCAGUGGCCAGAGCAGCACCUGGACGUCUCCUCCACCACCCCGUCGCCGGCCCACAAGUUGGAGUUGCCCCCCGGGGGUCGCCAGCGCUGCCACUAUGCUUGGGCACACGACGACAUCUCUGCCCUCACUGCCUCCAACCUCCUCAAGCGCUACGCAGAGAAGUACUCGGGGGUCCUGGACUCGCCUUACGAGCGCCCCACCCUGGGCGGCUACGGCGACGCCGCCUUCCUCAACGGCGCCAAGGGGGACCCCGAGCCCUGGCCGGGGUCGGAGACCCCCUACCCCUUGGCCUCGCUCCACGAGGGCCUCCCGGGAACCAAGUCGGGCACUGGGGGCGGCUCCGGGGGCCUCGGGGGUUCCCCGGUUUUAGCCGGUAACCUGCCUGAACCCCUCUACGCCGGCAACGCGUGCGGGGGCCCGUCGGCGGCGCCCGAGUACGCGGCGGGCUACGGCGGGGGAUACCUGGCGCCCGGUUACUGUACGCAGACCGGCGCCGCGCUGCCCCCGCCGCCCCCGGCCGCGCUCCUGCAGCCCCCGCCCCCGCCGGGCUACGGCCCCUCUGGGCCUCUGUACAACUACCCAGCGGGGGGCUACGCCGCGCAGCCGGGCUAUGGGACCCUCCCGCCGCCGCCCGCCCCGCCCCCGGCCCCCUACCUAACCUCGGGCUUGGCGGCGCCCACGCCCCUGCCCACGCCCGCCCCGUCCCGGCCACCGCCCUCCUCCUACGGCUUCCAGGGGGCCUCGGAGGCCGGGGUGUCGCUGAAGCGCAAGGCCGCCGACGAAGGCGCCGAGGGCCGCUACCGCAAGUACGCCUUCGAGCCCGCCAAGGCCCCGGCGGCCGACGGCGCCUCCUACCCCGCCGCGGACAACGGCGAGUGUCGGGGCAACGGGUUCCGGGCGAAGCCGCCGGGAGCGGCGGCGGAGGAGGCAUCAGGCAAGUACGGUGGCGGCGUCCCCCUCAAGGUCCUGGGCUCCCCCGUCUACGGCCCGCAACUCGAGCCCUUUGAGAAGUUUCCGGAGCGAUCCCCGGCGCCGGCUCCCCGCGGGGGCUUCGCGGUGCCGUCGGGGGAGCCUCCCAAAGGCGUGGACCCGGGGGCCCUGGAGCUGGUGACCAGCAAGAUGGUGGACUGCGGGCCGCCGGUGCAGUGGGCGGACGUGGCGGGCCAGGGCGCGCUCAAGGCGGCGCUGGAGGAGGAGCUGGUGUGGCCCCUGCUGAGGCCGCCCGCCUACCCCGGCAGCCCGCGCCCGCCGCGGACCGUGCUGUUCUUUGGGCCUCGGGGCGCCGGCAAAGCGCUGCUAGGUCGCUGCCUCGCCACGCAGCUGGGCGCAACGCUGCUGCGCCUGCGCGGAGCCACGCUUGCCGCGCCGGGCUCUGCUGAAGGCGCGCGCCUCCUCCAGGCCGCCUUCGCGGCUGCGCGCUGCCGCCCGCCCGUCGUGCUCCUCAUCAGCGAGCUGGACGCGCUGCUGUCGGCUCGGGAGGACGGCGCGACCGCCGCGGGCGCGCUGCAGGCGCCGCUCCUGGCCUGCCUGGACGGCGGCUGCGGCGCGGGAGCCGACGGCGUGCUGGUCGUGGGCACCACCUCGCGGCCCGCGGCCCUGGACGAGGCGACUCGCCGGCGCUUCGCUCUCCGCUUCUACGUGACGCUGCCCGACGGCCCGGCCCGCGGGCAGAUCCUGCAGCGGGCGCUGGCCCAGCAGGGCUGCGCGCUGAGUGAGCGGGAGCUGGCGGCCCUGGUGCAGGGCACCCAGGGCUUCUCCGGGGGCGAGUUGGGGCAGCUGUGCCAGCAGGCGGCGGCCGGGGCGGGCCUCCCGGGGCUGCAGCGCCCCCUCUCCUACAAGGACUUGGAGGCGGCGCUGGCCAAGGUGGGCCCUAGGGCCUCGCCCAAGGAGCUGGACUCGUUCGUGGAGUGGGACAAAAUGUACGGCUUCGGACACUGAAGGCGCUCCGUGAGGCCGCGGGGGCCGCCGCCCCCCUCCCCGCCCCUCUGUUCGGGAGGGACGUCUU